CCGGCUCCCGCGCAGGCGCGGCGGCGGCGGCGGCCAUGUCGGUGCAGGAGGACCCGGUGCAGCGGGAGAUCCACCAGGACUGGGCCAACCGCGAGUACAUCGAGGUGAUCACCAGCUCCAUCAAGAAGAUCGCGGACUUCCUCAACUCCUUCGACAUGUCGUGCCGGUCCCGGCUGGCCACCCUGAACGAGAAGCUGACUGCGCUGGAGCGGAGAAUCGAGUACAUCGAGGCCCGGGUCACCAAGGGGGAGACGCUGACAUAGGCCCGGGGCGGCCCCGGCCCCCGCCGCCGGAGCACCGCCGCCCCGCACCCUGCUCGGGGCCCGCCGCCACCGCCGCCGCCUCUGCUCGUGUUGCCAAUAAACCGCUGUGCUCCUGCCCUGCCUGCUCUCUGCCUGCCUGCCUGGGGCCGGGCCGCGGGAUGCCCGGCUCCCUGCCACCGUCCUGGAUGUCCAGAGCCUGCCCUUCCAUCUGCCUGACCCACGGGGUUUGGGCACACAUUCCUUCCCACGUGUGGUGGCCGUGCCACAGGGGCCGCGGGCCAGGCUGUUGUCAGCUCCUGGAGGCACCUGACCGGCCUUUGGGGUGCUUUGUGCUCCUGCUGGGAUCACAGCAGAAAAUCUGGUGAUCCCUGUGGUCUGGAGGGUGUCUCAGCCUUCACAUGUGCACGUGUCAGGGCAGAGUGGGGACAGCAGGCUCACCUGGCAUGGUGCACAUGCCACAGAAGAGGGCCCUUUGCCAGCACCAGGGAAGAGGUGCUUCUCCUCUCUGCGAGGCAAGUGGCAAGGAGAAGGAAGUCUCUCAGCCCUUCCCACCACUCCUCUAUUUAUCUCAGUUCUUCAGUGGGCAUCUAGAUCUGCAGAUUCACUGUUCGUAUUUAGCAUUUGUUGGGGAGUCCAUGGAGUUGGUGUCAGCAAAGGUUUUAUUGCUUCCCAGCAGGCUUUAAAUAUCUUGAUAUUUUCUCCCAACUGUAAUCAUAGCUUUUUCAUGAUGGCAGUGUCAUGCCUGCAGUGUUUACUGUGCACCUGGGUUACUUAAUGUUUGUUAUGUUUUUGAGGCUGUCUGACAUCAGCUGGUUCCUUGUUGAUGUAGGUCCUCCUCCAAGCUCACGGUUUUGUUCUCCAUAGGAAUCUCUGUGUUUUCCAUUGUUUGAAUAAGUGCUCCUCCAGCCUUUCCCUCAGCUCUUAUGGUGGUUACUGUCAGGUUGGGCUGCACACCAGUGAGGCUGGGCUGCUUUUGGAGCAUUGUACCUCUGGAAAUGAGUGCUUUGUAGCAGCCCUGCAGUGGAGUGGAACAGCCAUGGGUCACUGCCCUUAGGUGUAGGGUCCAUAUCAAAUUAGACUGUUGUCAUAUGAAAAUUGAUAGAUGGAAUGAAAGCAGCUCUCUCUUGGCUCCAAGGUGGCUGCUCUGUAGCCCGAGUACGUCAAAAGUACUGCCAUGGCCCAUGCACUGCUUACUGUGGGUGUGCUGGAGUGGAGUCCUGAGAUCUCCAUGGUUGGAGAUAACUCAGUAUUUAUCUGGAGAAGGCCCUGAACUAUCUGGGUGUUGAAGUUGGCCCUGCUUUGAAUGGGACAGGGGUGAGGCAGAGACCGCCAGAGGUCCUUGCCUAAAUUAUGCUAAUAUUCUUCAAUUCAAGGAAUGGUAGACAGGGUACCAGACAUCCCUGGGACUGGGGCUGUAACUGGGCUGACCUCUUAACUCGAGAUCCAUUGCUUGUUUCUGUUCCCAGCUAGUAGUGUGGUGUGUUUCAGAUCCCGUCCUGGUCUGCUGUCUGGCUGUUGUAAUGGCUCUUUUUCCUCUGAUACCAGGAUUUCUCAAAGGAGUAGGUUUUGCCAUGCAGUUGGUGGGAUCUGCUGGAAGGUGCCACUCCUCCCAGGAGAUGUGUUCUCGCAGAGCCUCAGCACUAUGGGAUCAGCCUGUCUGGUUCAUGUCCCAGCAGGGAUGCUGAGCAGCUCACUGCAGUACAGAGUCUGCCCUUUUCCUUUCAAGGAGUCUUACUAGUUCCCUAAGGAACCAAGUGUUGUGGUUGGGUGCUGCUUAUUCCAGGCCAUCUCUGGGAGGUGGGGAAGCCUUCUGGUCCUCAGGCUGAGACUGCUGCUUCCAGCAGCUGCUGUGAGGUGCAGCCUUGUAACAGAUGGAGCUUUGCUACAUUUCAUUAUUUUAAAUACUGGGGAAUUCUGUUUGCCUUUUUUUCUUUGUACUGUACUUUGGUUUUGGGGUUUUUUUUUUUUCAGAAUAUGAUGCCCCAGGAACCUACAUUAAACUUUUCUGGAGUGGA